AUAUAAUUAUGUACAUAACAUCGCUCGAUCUUUCUAUUCCUGUUAAUUGAAUGGAGGCGUUCUCCAAGUCAAGCUUCAAGUCCUCUCUUAAAUAUUAGGAGAACAAACGUAUCAUAUAGUACCAUCCAUCUGCUCACAAGCUGUCGGUCCUCUUGUUCCAAUUUCAUAUUUCUGGCUCUUCCGGAACGAAUCGCAGGAUUCUCUGCCUUUGUUUUUAACGAUUGUCACCGUCAGGGAAACAUGUACAUCAUCGGUGAAAUUGGUUGAACUUUGCAUCUCCUUGGAGCUAUGUGGCUGGAAAUAUGUUAAUCUAGUUGCAUUAGAAAGUGUUUGCUAUAUAGUUAUAUUUCAGCAAUAAGGUUAAAGUUGAUACGCAUGAGAGGAAUCUAAUAGUAAAUCCUUUUGUUUAAGUUGCAGUUAAAUAUGGAUCAGGGGACGAAACAAAGCACCAUCAUCAGAAACACCAAUAGGAAGAUCUACUUGGAGCUCAAGGAUAUUAUUCGGGAGCAUGCCCUUCAAUACCUUCCAGCUAAAUCAAUUCUUCGGUUUACAGCAGUUUGUCGAGACUGGAAGUUCCUGAUCUCAACUCCUUUCUUUGCACACAACCAGUCAAACCAUUUCCAUAAUAUCUCAGGCUUCUUUUUUCAGUCCUCAUCUGGUGAUCCAUCAUUUCUUACGCUCAACCCAAUGGCCUAUGGUGUUCCAGACCCUUCUUUGAAGUUUUUGCCUGAAGCUGUUGACAUUAGGAGUUCUUCUAAUGGAUUACUUUGCUGCCAGGGUCGCACUGACUACAAUGCUUACUAUAUUUGCAAUCCUGUUAGCAAACAGUGGCAAAAACUUCCUAAACCAGAAAAUUAUCAUGGCCCUGAACCUGCUGUGGUGCUCAUUUUUGAACCAUCAGUAUUGAAAUUUAGGGCUGAGUACAAGCUGGUUUGUGCCUUUCCAUCCGAACUUGAUGGAUAUGAAUUUGAGAUAUAUUCCUCUGCUGAAGGAUCCUGGAGAACUUCUGGUGAGAUUUUCCUUGGCAGUUGCAAGAUCCAGCCAAAUUCAGGUGUUCAUGCAAAUGGUAUUAUCUACUGGACAACAAAGAAUAAUAAAAUUCUUGCUUUUGAUCUCACAAUGGAGCGGUCCCAACUCUACUAUGGUGAUGGGACCUUGGGCGUGAUCAAUGGAAAACUUUGUGGGUUUUCUAUUUCCCGCAAUAGAUUGUCUGUGAAAGUGUUAUCUAAUGCAUACACGAAUACAAUGCAAAUGCAUAGUAAUAUCAGGACAUGGGAAACAUACUUUAUCACUUUAGACCGUUCUGCUCUUGGCAGGGCUGUUUUUGGUCCUGAUAGCGUGCUGUGUGCACAAGAUGACAUUUUGGUGCUUCAUUCAGAGAAAACACUUUAUUUAUGUGACAUGAAGACGAGAGAAACCAAAAUCCUUAUGAACGAAUCUACUACUGUCAAUGGUAAGAUUGUACCUUACAUUAAUAGCCUCAUUGAUAUCUAGUUAUUGCCUUUGCCUGCUCUCACCUAAUAGUAUGUGUUUUGGUAAUGGUUAUUUAGAGUUUUUAUGCUUGUAGCAAUAUUCGUCCUGUCGUUUAAUUGCUUUCGAGGGGGAAUGUAAUAUUUCUGUUAUGAUUUUGGAGUAUAUACUAGUGUAAACUUGCUUGGAUAA